AUGAAUGGAGGGAUGGAACAUAAAACGCCAGGUCACAAUGCAGUGGUGCAUAAAGCACCAAAAAAUUACAAAUUGUUAAUAGAUCCAUUCCUUGUGAAAGGUGCAACAAAACUGUACCGAUAUGAUGGAAUUGUACCUGGUGAUCAAACAUAUCCUCCUGUCCAAUGCAGAGAUCCUAGAUCUCAACUAUCCAGAAUAUGGAAUAAGAUAGAACCAGCUGAUUUGCCAGUACCAAGAUUCAAAAUAGACAAAAACUAUGUUGGGACUCCUCCAGCAGUAGAAAUAACUAUAUCAAACUUAAACGACAACAUUGACCAAGCGUUUUUGGCAGACAUGAUGAAUAAAGUGGGACCUUACGAGGAAUUGACAAUAUUUUAUCAUCCUUUGACAAAUAGACAUCUAGGGUUUGCAAGAAUAGUAUUUCAUGAAGUUAAACAUGCAAAGUUUUGUAUAGAAAAGUAUAACGGAAAAUCAGUUAUGGGAAAGGUGCUAGAAGUACUACACGAUUCCUUUGGCAAGAAAUGCCAAGAAAUGUAUGAGGAUAAAACAAUUGAAAAGAAACAACAUCCUGUAGUGCCAGUAAAAGCUCCACAUGAAGAUGUAAGGAUAAGUAAGCUUGAUCCUGCUCUUAGUAAAAGAUUAGAGGAAACAAAGGUGGAUAAGGAACCAUAUGCUCGCUAUAAAGAUUUGGAGCAUAGUGACAGUAACUCCCGAAUGUCGGACGACGACCGCGAGUACAGGCACCGGCAUCGACACAGGAGUGAGAGAGAUAGAGAUAACGACCGGGACAGGGACGGCGAUAGCCACAGAGAUAGGGAUAAGACUAAAGACCGACAUCGCGAGAGAUAUUCACGCAGUAUGGCUGAGAGUACGGAGAGUCCGUACGCAACCUCAAGCCACGCCCCCGAGGUGCCGUACGCAGCGACCGGUCCGCUUAGCUACGACCCAUAUUAUCAGACCCCUGGAUAUGGAUACGGCUACGGAUCUGGCGCUACGCCUGGCGGGUCGGGAGUGUGGUGGGAUUGGCGGCACGCCCACCAUACACCACACUCAUCCCACGCUCCACAUCACACACCUUCACAUGAAGUGCCCAGUAAACCGCCCGAAGAGGUACUUCCCCCAAAAGAAGACUCAAAUGAACCAGAACCCAAACCACCGCCGCCAGCUGAUGACCAUAAGAAUGUCGAUCUGGACACAAGGAUUGCAAUGCUAUUGAAGGAUGCAACCGGAGCAAUGGCGCCACCCUUCCUCGUUCUAAGGAACUCCUCGGAGGAAGAAGACAAUAACCACCUUCCGACUAAAAUACCAGACUUACUAGAUGCACCACAACCACCUUCAGAUGAUGAAGGAUCCAUCAGCGAAGACAGAGAAAGCAUCAUUACUGUGAACCAAGACAUUGAUUUCAACGCAGAACCUUUGUCAAAGACUCCAUCGCCUUAUCUUGACAGAGAUAGCUACCUCGAAUGUCUUAAGCUUACAAUCAAAAGGCAACUCCAAGAAGAGGAAAGAAAGAAAUUGCCGGAAAUUGAUAAAAUCGGAUCGGAUAUAUCGUCAUCUGAAGAUGAGCUUUUGACUGGCGAGAAAAAGAAUCGAUCACCAGAGCCUCUUGAUAAAAACCAGGAUAACUUGGAUGAUGAUCAGAUGUCGCUAUCGUCCCUAUCAUCAACGGAAGUGAAGAUCGAAGAGCAAGUACCGGCGGAAGGUUACUUCUAUCCGUCAGCGCAUCACCCUCAUUACUACCAGCACAUGUGGCCACAUACAGGUUAUGCCGGUGCUGGCUAUGGUGCAGUGGGGGGAGUCGGUGAUCCCGUGGGUAUGAGCGGGGUGGAUAUGCCGAUGGCGUACGGCGCAACUUUCCAACCGCCUAUUAUUCCCCAAUUUCCCCCUCCGCAUAACCACCAUACAAACAAACACGAUCAACAGGAAUUGGACAACCCUCACUACCCAACGAUACAUUGCGUUAUAGAACGAGUGACGGCUGAACUGAAACAGAUCCUCAAAAAGGAUUUCAACAAGAAGAUGAUCGAAAGCACAGCCUUCAAGAACUUCGAAAUAUGGUGGGACGAGCAAAGUAGGAAGACUAGAACAAAGGCGAAAGAAGAAACCGGACAACCGCUUCAGGAUAUUUCGAAUAAGAAAGAAGAGGUUGACUCUAUAAAAUCCCUAAUCGAGUCCAGAGAACUGAGUCUUGAGCUUGGCGGGUAUGGCGCUGGUAUCGGGCUGGGUCUGCGCGCCACUAUACCCAAAAUGCCUAGCUUCCGACGGAAAAGGAAAAUACCAUCACCCGUUAGGAUGGAUGAGGACAGCUCGAAGCAACUUAGUGAUCAAGAGGAAAUUGUUCAAAACUCUGACGAGGAGAAGGAAGUGCCGACGAGUCCACGAAACAGAACAACGGGAUCUUACCUAUCGACGGGCAGGCGGCGGCAAUCCAGUAGUUCAUCACGGUCUUCGUCGAGUUCCUCGUCUCGUUCGUCGUGGUCCGGCUCAGAAAGAUCGGGGGGGUCACGUCGUAUGGCGGCACCUCGCAUAUACUCCGACACGGAUGACUCCGAUCUCGAUGAGACACAGUUUAAGGUUAUAUCUAAUAAGGAGAGGCUCAGGAAAGUAUAUUCAUCAUCAGACAGCGAAGAAGAACAGAGAAGAGCAGAAAGAGAGAAAACUCCUAUACCACCUGUGGAGGCUUCAGCGGACGACCGUCUUGGUUCGCCGAUUGUAUCGCCGGAGCCGCCGAGGGAUAUCUUCGACCGAGUAUACUCUGACUCCGAGGAAGAAAGAGAAUAUCAGGAAAAACGAAGACGAAACACCGAGUACAUGGCGCAAAUUGAAAUGGAAUUCUUGGAGGAGCAGAGACGAAAAAUGGAGAUGGAGAAAGAAUCAGAACCAGAUAAACCGCCGGACGAAAGCGCACAAGAAAAGAAAGAAGAAAGCCGACUCAGUCCGAUCAAGAACCACGUUAAAUCUCCCGACAAGACCAAACCAGUAUUGGAAGAAGGCGAAGUAUCCUCCGAGGAAGAACCCCUCGAGGCGCGACGGAAGAAGGAGAGGAAACAGCGGAAGACAAAGAGGAAAACGGACAAGAGAAGAAGAACGUCGGUCAGCGACAGCCACACGGAUACCGCAGUCAGUGUCAAUGGGGUGAAAGAGGACGAGGCCUAUUCGCCAUCUUCAUCUCCGCGGUCGCAGGCAUCACAAGAGUCGCAGGAGUCACAAGCGUCGCAGGCGUCGCAAGUGGCCCUCGAUCAUUCCUACUGCAGACCUCCACCAGAUACGCCCAACACUCCUCCUCGAAGAUCCUCCAAUCAUCUGCAUCACGAUCAUGGUUAUACUUGGAUGGCGGAACCGGAAACAGAAUCGCUGGUCGCUGCCGUGGAAGAGAUCAAGCCAGUCAAAGAGACGAAAAGACCUUACAAACGAAAACAUGAGCCGAAGAAACUUGCUGAAAUUCAAAAUAAGCUUUACGAACCUAUGGAAGACUAUAGCAAGAUUCACUCAAAUAUAGUGUUUAAACCGCGAGACAUAAUGGCGGAAAUGCAGGUCAUGUAUGAGUUCCUAACUCGAGGAAUUGACAGGGAGGAUAUAGAGUGUCUAAGGAAAGCGUACGAGGCGUUAUUGGCUGAGGACGCGCAGGGUUAUUGGCUCAAUGACACGCACUGGGUCGACCAUCCGCCCACCGAUGUCGUCUACAGUCCGCCCAGGAAGAAGUCUAAGCGGCAUAAUAAUAUAUAUGAAGAUCUACAGGGUCACUCGAGCGGUUCAGCUCGUACUGAGGGCUAUUACAAGAUGGACGCGCGUGUUAAGGCCAAGUACAAGUACCACCACGGACGUGCGCAGGCGCCGCUCAACGCGCACGACGAUAAGGCCAGAGCGAAUAAGAUGCAAUUGCUGUCUAGAGAGGCGAGAUCCAAUCAGAGACGACUGCUCACCGCUUUCGGAACCGACACCGACUCAGACUUGCUCAAGUUUAACCAGCUUAAAUUCAGGAAAAAGCAACUUAAGUUCGCAAAAUCUGGUAUACACGACUGGGGGCUGUUUGCGCAGGAACCGAUAGCGGCUGAUGAAAUGGUGAUAGAGUACGUGGGGCAAAUGGUGCGGCCCAUAGUGGCCGAUGUGCGAGAGGCGCAGUAUGAGGCGACCGGCAUAGGCAGCUCGUACCUCUUCCGUAUCGACCUGGACACUAUCAUAGACGCGACCAAGUGCGGCAACCUCGCUCGGUUCAUCAACCACAGUUGUAACCCCAACUGCUACGCAAAGAUAAUAACGAUAGAGUCGCAGAAGAAGAUCGUGAUCUACUCGAAGCAGCCGAUAGGAGUCGACGAAGAAAUAACAUACGACUACAAGUUCCCGUUGGAAGACGAGAAGAUACCGUGCCUCUGCGGCGCACCACAGUGCCGCGGGUAUCUCAACUAA